AUGCCUCCCGAUUGGAAACUGCUCUACCUUUACGGUGGUGACAACCCCUGGGACUCAAGUCUGUGGACCGAUUCAGACGACAGAGUACGUGGUGGUAAGAGCCAGUCUCAUUUGCACUGCGAGUCUCCGGAGAAGGCCGAGUUCUUUGGCAACCUGGACAUCACCGCUUUGGGAGGAGCAGGAUUUGCGUCGCAGAGGACGCUCGGCACACUUGACCUGGACUUGAGUCAGUAUGACGGGCUUGCCAUCAAAGUCUUGAAGAGCGAUUUCAAAAAGUACACAGUCACUAUCAAGGAUGAGAUCCUUCCGCCGAGAGAGGAUGGCCGCGACCAGAGUACCAUUAGCUGGGAGUUUGACUUUGUUCCCGAGGAGGGCGAAGUGAAGAUCCCGUGGGAGCAGUUCAAAGCAACUUACAGAGGCAGAGACAAGCCUGAUGCCAAGCCGCUGGACAUUGCCAACAUCAAGAGAAUUAGCUUCAUGAUGCGAAGCUUCUUUGGAACCCAGUCGGGUGAUUUCAGCUUCACUGUUGGCUACUUGGCCGCUUAUAGCAACCGCCGCGAAUCAUCGGGCUCUGAUAUUUCCUUCCAGAAGGAAUAUGUCGCUACACCUGCACCGGCUAAGUCGUCAUCAUGGUUGAGUUGGAUUUGCGGAUGGGGGACUAGACGAGUUUAA